AUGCAAGCACCGUCCCUCCAGCUCCUUCGAGCUCUCCGAACAUCCGUCUCCGCCAGCACACCCAAAGCUACAAUCCCUCUUUGCGCAUACCUGGCUCGUGUCCAACCUCACACGACCUCGCCAUUCGCACCCGCUCGUCGAAAUUAUAGUAACUCCAAUGACUCUUCGCACAUCCGGCCAACCCGCAUGGUUUCGCGCUCCCACCCGUCGAAACCACGCAGCCACGACCGCGGCCCGGAGUCGCAGGAGGAUACACAGACCGACUUCGCCGCGCUGAAUGUCCUAGGGAAUAUCCCUAGCCCAACCACUGCGGUUGAUGCCUGUCUAGAUACUGGGUUCCAUCUGGACAAUGGGGUGAAGAUUACAGGUGGUGACGGGGUGUUGUUGGUUGCUGGAGAGGCAUUUACGUGGAGACCUUGGUUGGGGAAGAAGGAUGGGCAAAAGAAUGACAUGGUUAAUGCGAAGGGCCAGUUUGAGGUUGACGAGCAGGCUUGGGGUCUUUUGGACCUGGUGUGGCCUCGUCCUGAUCUACUAAUUCUCGGAAUGGGAGGAUCGAUUCUACCUCUCUCGCCGGAGACGAGGAAGCAUAUUAACUCGCUGGGGAUCCGGGUUGAGGUGGUGGAUACGAGAAACGCUGCUGCGCAGUUUAAUCUGCUUGCGACCGAGCGGGGCGUUUCUGAGAUUGCGGCGGCGAUGAUUCCGAUCGGGUGGAAGGGGUGGUAA